GUGUAUUUCAGUUUGAGGGGAAAAAAAAACUAAUUAAAUUUCGGUGGAAAUUUAUUCUAAAAGCUGGCAACACUUAUGAAAACGAAAAAUGGCGUUAAAUUUUAAAUUGAGUGUAAAAGAACGAUCACAUUUAAUAAGAUACGAAGAUGUUUUUUAUAAAUUUAAAAUAAUUUUAAAAGAAGAUUCUAUCUCAUUAUUAUCAUUGGAUCAGAAAAUAAUCAAAAAUGAGAUUGAAGACGUUAUAAGAAAUAUUUUAUGGCUGGAUUCGGAGUUGAAUGUUGGUGAUUUACCAAAAUCUGCCAUUAUUUUGACUAAUUGCUUGUCUGUCCACAUCCAGAAGAUGUUUUGGGCUUUCUCUAAAUUAAUUUCAUUCAGAAAAGGAAAUAAAAAAUAUCGUCUUCACCCUUACGAAUACGUUUUGACGAUUCAAUGCAAGAAGUUGUGGAUUUCUCAAAAGAAAUGUGCACAGGAAAAUAAACUUGCCGUAAAUAACUGCGAAGAAAAUAACUACAGCAUUAAUAAGAUAAAGCGUUCAAUUGGAUUACGAACUAUAAAAAGAAGUAGACAGAAAUUAAAUAUAGAAAUAAAUAAUUCUGUCAUUCAAAAAUGCGAAGAAUGUGGAGAAUAUCGACAAUUAAUGGUACCUUCUAAUGAGUCAAGAGAUGAUAUUCCUCAUCUUGAAUAUUCUGAAAAAAUCAAUAAUAAUAAAUCAAAUAACAAUGAUGGAAUUUUAAAGAGUUUCCUAAAUUUUCUUCUUACUCCCGUUAGAAUGUUUCAUAAACUACAAUUUUAAAGAUAUAUUCCAGGUAAUUUAAGAGAAAAAUAUCCACUUACAACAUUAUAAUUGAGUUAUUAAAGAAACAAUUACAUAUAAUUCUGUAUACUUAAUAAUAAUCAGUUAAUUAUAAAAAAUGGAGGUAAAAAUGAAAACUAGGAAAUUUUUUUAUCACAUUUUUAUUAUGAAAUGUAUAUAUUUAUUUCAAUACAUUUGUUUCAAGUUAAGAUGUUUCAUUCAGUUGUAUAUUUAUAUUUAAAUAAAAUAGUGUUGUAUAGUGAAAUUUAUAUUUUAAAACAUUAAAAUUUUGUAAGCUUAGCAGUUUCAAUUAAGGAAUUAGUACAUUGUAUCAGAACUAAGUUAUAUUAAAUAUAGGCGUAAAUCCUAAAAAUCUGUACAAAUUUCAAUUGCGUUUUCUUGUAAUAUCGAAUAAUUAAACAUGUACGCGAAAUAGCAUACUUUGUAGAAUGUUCUUGAUUCCAUUUAUCGAAAAAGUUUCGUAAAUAACAUCAUAUUUUAAAAAUGGAUUAAAUGAAUUCGAUCGAGGAAAUGACAGCUUUUAUAUUGUAAAUCGUAAAAAUGAGAAAUCUUAAACGUUUCUCUGCAAUGGGAAUUCCAUGGCGUACAGUGUAUAGCAUCAUUUCAAGAAUAGAGUAAGGAGAACUUGCAAAACAUAGGAUGGGAAAUGGUAAAAAAAAGGAAAAUAACUGAAAGGAGGAAGAAUCAAUUAGAGAAAGAAUUCUUGGGAAACGUUGGGCAAAUGCUUAAAAAAUUAGGAUAUGUUUGCCAGAUUCUGAAAGAACGUCUUGACACUCAAGAAGUGAAAAUCUGCUCAAAAAUAUACGAAGCGACUUAUUACUCAAAAACACAUCUGCAUAGGCUGUGAUAGAGCUCGAAGGCAUCAAACAAUCUUGAUGUGGUUAUUAACGACGAGUACUAUUUUACUUUUGACGGAAAUGAAUGUGCUGGUAACAAUCACUGUUUUGCCAAACAAGGUCUAGAUGGGGAUCCGGAAAUCAAAUUCAAACGAUACUUCAAGUUUUCGCCAAAGCUUCUGGUUUGGCUGGCAAUCAGUCCUUGGGAACAUUCACAGGUUCUCAUUGUCUGUCACGGUUCUCUAUCACCAAAGAAGUUUAUGGCAACGAAUGCAUCCAGGAGAGAGUAAAAAAAUACUGCCCUGACUAACAAUAUGUCUUCUCGCCAGACAUGGCUAUCGCUAAUGACACAGUUGCCAAGUUGUGCCGUUACAGAAUUCUAUGCGUCUGCCGUGAAGCCAACGUUUCGAACGUUCCAAAAGAAACCGACUGAGAUAUUUUGGUAGCAACCAGUGGCAGAUCUACAAUAGAUACAGACUAUGCGACUGUAUAGGGACCCAGUCGACUGAGAAUCCAUUUUUCAAAAAGAGGGCAAAAGGCUGAUUAUACAAAAUAUACAAUCAUACAUUAAAGUAAAAAAUAUUGGAGAUGGAUAACAUCAGUAUUCAGAAGUGCCCUGAAAGAGGCCAGAAGUUUCACAGGAAGAUCUUUAUUGUCGUGUUCGCAUGGAGGCUCAAAAUGUGAAGCAGUCCACUGCUGAUAUCAAAUUGAAGCAAAAAGUUUAUGAAAAUGGUUGGAAAGCUAGAUCCACGAAGGAAUUACAAGAAAAGAUCAUGGACAAAUUUUAAAGCUGAGCACUUUCUGGGGUUAAUGGAACGGAUUAAGAAUAAAGUUCGAAUUACAGCCGAUCCUAGUCCUGAUCAUGCCAUCUGAACAUUAAAAAUCCUAUCUGUACCCCCAAAAUCUCAAUUUAAAAAUAAAUAAUGAAUUUAAAACAGACUCGAA